GUCCCCUGCUAGCUCUUAGCUCAUCUUGGUUUGCUGCUAUAGACAGUGCUGAGCAACUUGGUCGAGCUAUGUCGUCGGACUCAGGCUCUGAAUCAGAUACUGCAGUCAACUUCCGCCAGGAGUCAGGCGGGCCAAAGAGGAGGCGAAUAAGCCGCGCCUGUGAUGCUUGCAGGAAAAGAAAGACCAGAUGCAACCGUGCCGGCCCGCAGAAUGAAACGAGGUGUUCAAAUUGUGCAACUAACAACUUAGAAUGCACGUAUGUGUUAGCCGUCAAGAGACGUGGGCCGCUUAAAGCCUAUGUUGACACUCUGGAGAGCCGGUUGGAAAAGAUGGAAGGGCUGUUAGGACGCCUCCUGCCUUCCGAUGGCGAUCCUUCGCAAGCACAAGACUUGAAUAAUCUGACCGUCUCCGGUCCCUCUCGCACACGGUCUGCGUCAGAUGUAGCUAGCUUGGCUAAGACAGCCCUCCACCAAAUGUCUCCCGCGUCCGGCUCUACUUCUAAUAGUCCUGUAGACCCGGAGGCCGUCAAGGUCCAAGAUGAUAUUAGUGAUGAGGAGAAUUCCGACGAAAGGCUUCUCACAGAGCGGUUGAACGACAUGCGACUCAACCCUGAGAUAUUUCAUCGGUUCUUAGGAAAGUCCAGUGGCGCCAGCUUAGUUCGUACUACUUACAUCCUGAAAGCUCGGCAUACUGGACCGCAACCCCAAGGAAAAGGAAGCGGGAUGAGACGGCAAAAAUACUGGGAACAAAUUUCAUGGGAACGCUCCGCGUUUGAUCCUUGGCUGCAUCCAUGGGACUUUCCCUCUCCGGACCUGCUCGAUUCGCUCGUCAAUCUCUAUUUCGAUAACAUCAACAUAUUCACUGCUCUCCUGCAUCGUCCAACAUUUAGUCAGGCUCUCGCUGACGGUCUCCAUCUAAGCGAUGGUGGCUUCCGUCAGGUUCUCCUUCUCGUUUGCGCCACCGCCUCUCGGUACUCAAACGAUCCCGCCGUUCUCCUUGAUGGCGUUGACGACUGGCAUUCGGCUGGAUGGAGAUGGUUCCGUCAAGUCGACCUAACGCGCCUUCCUCUUCUUGUCGCCGCGAACUUGUAUGACCUACAAGUUCAUUGUUUAGCAAUUAUGUUCUUGCAGUGCAGCUCGAUACCGCAAACAUGCUGGGCUCUAGUCGGUACUGCCGUUCGGAUGGCUCUGGACGUUGGUGCUCACCGUCGCAAAGUCUAUCAUACACACCCGACUAUCGAGGAUGAAUUGUGGAAGCGUGCGUUCUGGAAUCUGGUCGCUCUUGAUCGACUUACAAGCUCUGGUCUGGGUCGACCUUGCGCGUUACACGAAGAGGAUUUCGACCUCGACAUGCCGGUAGAAUGCGACGAUGAAUACUGGACUUCGCCUGAUCCUGACAAGGUUUUUCAGCAACCUGCCGGGAAGCCGUCGACCGUUUGCUAUUUGACAUUGUACUUGAAACUCGUCCAAAUUCAUGCCUACGCGCUGAGGACAAUCUAUUUGAUCAACAGAUCAAAGACUCAACUAGGUUUCGUAGGUCCGCAAUGGGAACAGCAUACUGUUUCUCAGCUAGACUCAGCUCUCAAUAAAUGGCUGGACUCUGUGCCUGACUUUCUGCGAUGGGAUCCUACCCGAGAGGAUACUACCUUUCUCACUCAGUCAGCAAUGCUCUACUUGAACUUCUACAACUUGCAGAUCACCAUACACCGCCCUUUCAUAACGUCCAUUCGUGGCGCGUCGCCUCUGUCGUCCUCCUCCCUCGCAGUGUGUACCAGCGCUGCAAGGUCGUGUAUCCGGAUCAUGGACUCUGCUCGUCGGAAAGACAUAUCUACCAUGAGUGCAUUCUUCCCGGUCCCUGCGUUUGCGGCUGCCUUGGUGCUGCUGCUGAACAUAUGGAGUGCCAAGCUUGCCGGAUUCUCUUUCGACCUGACGAAGGAGAUCGGAGAUGUUCACAAGGCCAUGCAGGCCAUCAAGUCGUACGAGGAUAGGUUUUUUGUCGCCGGAAAACUCUGGGAUGUCUUGUAUGAGCUCGUCUCCGUUGGAGAUCUGCCUCUACCGCCCCCACCGCCCUCCUCCAAGCGAAGCAGAGAUAUCGAUGACUCUGGUUCUCCCCCCGAACCGCUGAUCUCCAGCUCACCCGGGAGUUAUCCGCUCGAUUCAUCUGUUUCGCCGAAAGAUGGUCCGCGACAAUAUGCCGGUACAAGACGUGCUCAGCAAAAGCCUCAGAAUGCCGUAGCUUCAUCCUCGUCAUCGCAGAACGGAUCCAACAUAGGUCGGCAACGUUACUCUCCUCAUCAGUCCGCAUCGUCCUCGUUCAACAUUCCACCGCCGUACAACACAGACAUUCACGACCCGUCGUCUUUCUCGUCGCUGUCGCUCACCCCGGAGUCACGUCAACCGCCAACCCUGCCCAUGCACAGCGAUGAUCUCGCGCGGCUGCCGAACUACCAUGAUCGCCAGCGGUAUUCACACACGGACACCGAGCCUCGAAUUUCUUUCGACUUUACUUCUCCCUUUGUUCCUCCCGGCUCUGGUUGGGGGACUCUGCCAGCGAUUCCUGCAAACGAAGAAGGGGCACAGUUUACAAGGCGGGUCGGAAUAGGAGAGACGGGGAGCGGAUUCGAUAUGAACGAUUUGUUCAAUUUGGAUACGAUCUUAGGGAACAGCGUUUCCUCGUCGUCACAGCCUCAGUCUCAGCACCAGGACCGCCAUGGUCCUCAGGUCAGUAACAAUGCUGCCGUAGGGAUGCAGGGUCAAGGACAUGCUUAUGCGACGGCGGGUAUGCCUUUGGAUUCGGAUGCAGGGAUGCCGAUGAGGAUGGGUGAGGUGGAUGGGAACGAUUUCAUGAGUAUGUGGACGAAUGUGCCUUCUGGAUUCGAGGGCGAAGACUGGGACGCUUAUAUCUCGAAUAUGUUGGGGAUGAACCAGGUGCCGGGGGCUGGUGGCGGAUAUGGAGGGUCAGAGGGCCUUUACACGGACGAUGCGGCGAUCUGAUUGCGAGAUCGGUGGACUUGACACAUCACUUUUAUUUAUUAUCGCUACGCAGCAUCUUACCGGACUGUACUGAGCAUACAUUCUCCACUGUCUCUCCCCAGUACGCAUAGCCAAUGUCACUGCGAUUACCG